AUGAAAAUCGUUAUUGCAGUUCUCUUGAUCGUUUGUGUCUUCUUCGUUAUCGAAUCUGAGGCAAGCCCUGUUUCAGUUAGUAUCGAAGAUUUGGUAUUGAGUGGUCCAGGAGGUGCAGUUGCAAUGGCAGCUAAUGAAAGAAUUCACAAACGAGAGGCUAGAAAUGGACAUAAAAAAUCGUUGGAAGAUUUGGAAGAUGUGGUAUUGAGUGGUCCAGGAGGUGCAAUGGCAGCUAACCAAGGAGUUCAAAGUAAUUUUGUUGAUAGUUCACAGAAGCACGUCGGUAGGGUGAAGUAUUGCUCAAGUCGUAUGCGAAGUAUAGAUUUGCUUUGA